UUCCCAUUUCUUUUCCAUCUUCCUAUCCCUUCUCCUCCUUUAAAUAUCUCUCUUUCUUCCUCAACUCUCACCUUCUCACAUUUAUAACUACCAAUCCCCUCUUAACUCUCAUGAAGAUCUCUUCUUUCUUCAAGAAUCACCACCACCAAGAAACCACCAGCACCAGGCUUCAAUGGCCUUCAUGCAAGCAUCCCAAGACUCUUUCUUUCCGAGCUGCCGGAGACGACGACAUUAUCAAGACUGUCAACUCUAUCUUCUUUGAUCCUUUGGCUAAUAACAAUGAAGGAGUUGAAACUCCUGAAACAUGGUUCACAAACUCAUCCACUGCCGAGUCUGCCAGAAGCUUCUCUUCUGAAUCCGCUCUCGUUGAAGAGUUUGAUGGCGAGUCGUUGGAGAUGGUGGUGCGAGGGGCGAGAUCAGAACGGCUGUUCUUUGAGCCCGGCGACACUAGUUCGAUCCUCGAGGAGGCGAAGACUGAAGGGUUUCCUUUUAAAGAGAGUGUACUUUUGGCUAUGGAGUCUGAGGAUCCUUACGUUGACUUCAGGAGAUCAAUGGAGGAGAUGGUGGAGACUCAUGGGUUGAAAGAUUGGGAGUGUUUGGAAGAGUUGUUGGGAUGGUAUUUGAGAGUGAAUGGGAAGAAGAACCAUGGAUUUAUAGUUGAUGCUUUUGUUGAUCUCCUUGUUGCUCUUGCCUCUAAUAAUUCUUCUUCUUCAGCUCCUGUUGAUUCAACUUCUUAUUCUUCUGCUGUUUCUUCUUUUUCUUCAUCUUCUUUAACUCCUUUGUGUCAUGAGAUUGAGAUUAAUGAGAUUGAUGAGGAAGAAAAAAUGGUGGUAUUGUCUUAGUUAGCUUUAGCUUCAAUGUAUCACGAAUUUUUGUGUAUAUUAGUAGGUUAAAAAUAUAAUAUAUAAACAAGAAAUGAAGAGAUUCUAGUGCAUUAUAUAUAUUUUCUCUAUCUUUUUUUAACAAUAAGUUUUAUUUUUUAUUUAGUAUUUUGAUCCAAGUCUAGAAACCUGAGUCAGGCUGACGCAGAUUUCUUGUUUAGGAAAUUAUAUGGCUGAAUAUUUGAGAUUUUAUGCAUGGCAUAUAAUAGAGAGGGAGUUCUUUUUUGUUUUU